AUGACGUUUGUUUAUGGGGAUCCUGUAUUAGAAAGACGAGAUCAAGUUUGGGAACGUCUUACGCAUUUCUCAACGACAAGAACUGGAUCUUGGUUUAUGAUAGGAGAUUUUAAUGAAAUUACAAGGCAUGAUGAUAAGGUUGGGGAAAGACAACGGCCUGAUAGUUCAUUCCUGCCUUUUAAGCAGAUGCUUAAUGAUUGUGGAAUGCUAGAGUUCCCUUUCACGGGAGAAAUGCUUUCAUGGGUAGGGAAGAGAGCAGGCGGCUCAACUGUUAGAUGUCGCUUAGACAAAACAGUAGGAAAUGCAGAUUGGCAUGAGAAAUUUCCCCACUCGUCUAUCAAGUAUAUGAGGUUGUGGGGAUCAGACCAUCGUCCGAUUCUUGCAGAUAUGCUCAUAAAGCCAAUAAGAAGAUCAAAAAAAUUCAAGUUUGAUAAAAGAUGGCUAGAUAAUGAUGAGUUAAGGCAUGUCAUUCUUGAGGGAUGGAAAUCUCCUGAUCUUCUUCCCAACGCGACUAUUAUGGAACAUAUUUCAAGCUGCCGAAAAGCCUUGAGCGAAUGGAGGAGACAGCAUAAUUUUAACUCUGCGAAAUUAGUGGAGGAGCUUAAAGAAAAAGUGGAAGCGUUGAAGGAGCUCUCUGAUGCUUUUAAGGCAGAAGAAAUGUUCUGGAAACAAAAAAGUCGAGUGUUUUGGCUGAGAGAGGGGGAUCGAAAUACAAAAAAAAUUCAUGCCUUGACAAAGCAAAGGAGAGCAAGGAAUAAAAUUACGCAGCUCCUAGACGCUGAUGGGAAUAUAGUCGAGGAUGAAGAAGGCUUAGUAGCCAUUGCUACUAGCUAUUUUAGACAGAUCUUUGAAUCGUCUAACCCAGAGGACAUUGCAGAGGCACUAGCUAAUGUUCCUACGACAAUCACUGGGGCAAUGAAUGAUAACCUUACAGCUCCGGUAACAGAAUGGGAGGUCAAAUUAGCACUUUUUGCUAUGCAUUCAGAAAAAACCCCAGGACCAAAUGGGAUGACUGCGCUUUUCUAUCAAAAAUUCUGGGAUAAUGUAAAGGAUGAUUUAACUCUUAUGGUUAAUAAAUUCCUUAUUGAGGGAACGGUGGUGAAUGGACUAAAUGAUACAAAUAUAUGUCUCAUCCCAAAGACAGCCAAGCCUAAUGACAUGGCUCAAUUCCGACCCAUAAGCCGGUGUAAUGUCAGCUACAAGAUAAUUUCGAAGGAAAUGUUCCACGCGUUGAGAACAAAACCAAGUGGACAAAGUAAAAAGAUGGCCAUUAAGACGGACAUGAGUAAAGCUUAUGACAGGAUGGAAUGGGCGGAGCCCCGUGAAUGUGAAGAAGUAAUGAAAGUAGUUAGGAAAUAUGGUAAAGCAUCAGGCCAAUGUAUCAACUUUGAUAAAUCGUCUUUACUCUUUGGUAAGCGAAUUAAUGCAACCACCAGACAAGAGAUCAAAGAUGCACUUGAAAUACAAAAUGAAAGAGGAAUGGGAACCUACUUAGGUAUCCUGGAAGACAUUAGCGGCUCCAAGUGUAAAUUGUUUGCAUUUCUCAAAGAUAAGUUGAUGCACAGAGUAAAUGGAUGGACAGGUAGAUGGCUCUCAAAAGGAGGGAAGGAGGUUUUGAUAAAAUCUAUUCUGCUAGCUCUUCCGAGUUAUGUCAUGUCUACUUUCUUGCUCCCCUUGGAGAUAUGUGAAAACCUAGCUAGUGCCAUCGCACAAUUCUGGUGGAGCUCUAACCCACCAAAAAAAGGAAUGCACUGGGCGAAAUGGGAAAAAGUAUGUCUACCAAGAGAGGAGGGUGGGAUUGGGCUAGUUCAAUUUCCAGAUUCAUUGGUUUCCCGGGUUUUGAGGGGAAGAUACUACAGAUUAAGUUCACCACUACGAGUACAUUCUUCUAGUAGUCCAUCCUAUGUGUGGACUAGCAUUUCUGCUGCGAGGAAGUUGCUUCUACUGGGAAUCAGACAGAAGAUACACUCAGGGUAUGACGUUAAGGUGUGGGAGGAUCCGUGGAUCCCAACGACCCCAGCGAGGCCAGCUAUCCCUGUUGUGCCAGUUAUGCAUCCCAAUAUGAGAGUAAGUGAUAUCAUUAAUCAGGCAGCAAAUGAUUGGGAUGUUGGACUUUUGGGAAACUAUGUCAAUCUUGAGGACAUACCGCUCAUAAGAAACCUGGCCAUAAGCUCAGCUCAUCGUCGCGAUACCUAUUGCUGGAGCUACACAAGGAAUGGCCUUAAAUCUGGAUACUGGGUGUCACCAAAUUUAUUAAAGCCGGAGGAUGAGAAGGAGGUCUUAGAGCCGAUAACAAGGAACUUAGCGAGACGUAAUAUGAGAUGUGAUAAUUACUGCCCAAGAUGCGGAGAUUUAGAAGAAUCUGUAACCCACGCCAUUUUUGAAUGCCCGCCAGCUUUACAAGUUUGGUCCUUAUCAGCAACUCCAACAAGCCCAGAGGUAUUUCCAGUAUCAAGUGUCUACACAAAUAUGGAAUACCUUUUCUGGAGGAAAAACAAUAUUAUUGAGCCAGAAGAAGACAGAGACCUGUACCCCUGGAUUAUCUGGUAUAUCUGGAAGGCAAGGAAUGAUAAACUGUUCAGGGGGAUCGACAGAGAUCCUUUGGAGUUAGUUCGAUAUGCAGAAAGUGAAUGUCAGGCCUGGUUUGAAGCGAAUGAAGUGGCACAACCAGUGGUACAAGAUAACAAUAUGGAGAAUCCCCAAGUCAUAAGCUUGGGUAAUAUAUGCUUGCUGGAUGGAUCUUUGACUGCCUCUGCCAAUUAUAGUGGAUGUGGGUGGGUUUGGCUGGACAGUAGUGGAAAGACCCAGCUCAUGGGGACAAGAAAUCUCACUCGACGUGAAUCAGCCUUACAUACGGAAGUAGAAGCACUGAGGUGGACGAUGGAGAAUAUGCUUCAGCACUCAAAAUGUCAGAGUUUUGGGACGGACUGCAAGGAGCUGAUUGCAAUGUUAAAGGAGCCUCAUGCUUGGCCAAGCUUUGUGACGGAAUUGGAGAGGAUAGAGGCAUUACAAAUAUGCUUCCCGGAUUUCAACAUCAUACAUGUUCCACGAGCGCGCAAUCAAAUUUCAUAUUUUUUAGCUAAGACUGCUAGAUCCUUCAAUAGGGAGUUAAAUUUUAUUGGUUGUUCUAUUCCGGUCUGA